AUACUCACGGAGGGCCACAAUGAGAUUCCCUGGAAGGCUGUCCAUUACCUGACUGGGGAGGUGGUGUACGGAGGCCGUGUUACAGAUCUUUGGGAUCGCCGGUGUCUUCUCAGCAUUCUGGACAUUUUCUAUAAUCCAGCCGUGUUACAGGAUGGUUAUUCCUUCUCCGAGGACAAGGUAUACCAGACCAUAACGGAUAAUGUCACACUAUGGGAAUGCCGAGAUUAUAUCAGCUCCCUUCCGGACACAGACACCCCUCAGAUCUUCGGGAUGCACCCUGAUGCAGACAGAGCGUUCCUCACUUCUCAGGCACAGCUCUUCACAGACACCAUUGUCAGUAUGCAGCCAAGAAUCAGCGCAGAAUAUGAAACAGUCAGAGGUGACAGCAUCCGCGAUGAGAUGGUUGUGCAUUUGGCCACCAGCAUCCUCAGCAAGCUGCCAGUGACAGUGGAAGGAAGGAUGGAACAGGACAAGUCAGCAGCUAUAUCGGACAAAGCCACGACUGUCAGCAGC